CAGUCCAGGGCUGCAAUUGGCAAAGCGGGGAGACCUCUCUGGCCUCAGGAACCCAUUCCUCCGGGAGAACGUGCCAGAGACACAUCUGCAUUCCGGCGCCCACAGUGCCCUGGGCACCGUGAGAUGUUGUGGAGAUGGCAGCGACGACCGCGUCCCCUUGACAUCGCCGACUGAAGCAGACAGCUCGGACCCGGAGUUGGAGGAAGUCUCCGUGGAGGACGUUCCCGCCUUUCCACCUCCUUUUAAAGAGCACCCGGGGACGACACGCAGGGGUUGGCUGCCCCUCCAGCAACUUGGACCCAAUGCAGUGGACAAGAGCGAAUCCCAGGAUGUUGUACAUGAAUACGAAUCACCUAGUCCAGAACCAAAGUCUGGAAGGGAUGAUGGUGUUCCGGAGAGUGGAGACUGGGACUCCAACAAGGUGGACUGGGCGUGGCUGCAGAGAGAAGCUAAUGGUGCCGGCCAAUCAACAAUGAUUGAGGAAGAAGACCUGGAAGAAAAGCUGGAAGAAAAGGAAGAAGAGUCAGAGUCUGCACUGAGGAACUCGCCAGAGGUGGCCGACGAGGCAAUGUCCGAGGCCCCGUUAGGCGAUGGCGGCGCGAGGUUCAGCGAUGUGGGGAGCUCGCCUCUCCUCGCCCCAGGCCCUCAGCUAGGCGAGGACAUGGAAGCAUAUGUGCUGCGGCCAGCGGUGCGCGGCUGCAUGGUGCAGUGUUGCAUUAGCCGCGACAAGCGCGGCGUAGACAAGGGCAUGUUCCCUUUCUACUAUCUCUACCUGGAAGCGAUCGGUGGCCAUGGCCGGAAGCACUUCCUUCUCGCUGGGCGCAAGAGAAAAAGGAGCACAACCUCUAAUUACCUCAUCUCCCUGGACCCCACAGACCUGUCUCGGGAUGGGGACAACUUUGUGGGCAAAGUCAGAUCUAAUGUCUUGGGCACCAAGUUCACCAUCUUCGACAAUGGGGUGAAUCCUGAAAGGAAGUAUUUCAUCCCAGAGACUGCCCGGAUCAGGGAGGAGCUAGGCGUUGUGUGUUACGAGACCAACGUCUUGGGGUUCCGAGGGCCCCGGAAAAUGACUGUGAUCAUUCCAGCAAUUGAUGCCCAGAACGAGAGAAUCAGUGUCCAGCCGCAAAAUGAAGGGGAGUCGCUACUGAGUCGCUACCAACGCGGGGCCAAUCAGGGGUUGGUCCUGCUGCAAAACAAAGCUCCGUCGUGGAGUGAAGAGACCGGCAACUACGUGCUCAAUUUUCAUGGCCGAGUCACUCAGGCCUCGGUCAAGAACUUCCAGAUCAUGCAUCCAGAUGAUCCUGACUACUUGGUGCUUCAGUUCGGCCGCGUGGCCCCAGACAUGUUCACCAUGGACUUCUGCUUCCCGCUCUGCCCACUCCAAGCCUUCGCCAUCUGCUUGUCCAGUUUCGAUGGGAAGCUGGCGUGUGAAUAAUCCACGGAAAUAUAAUACCUUUUAACAGCUCCUGCGCCUGCUCAUUUGGAGAAAAGGCUCCCGCGGGCCUUCUUUUGCACCACCUUACUAAUAACCAACACUUAUAAGACGCCUCCUGGGUACCCGGUCCUGGGUUCUAGGGAGUGGGCUCUUCAGGAGCACCUGCUCUGGUGGGACUCAGUGGAUUAUGGGAAAUGGGUCUUAAGCAACAAAAAAUCAAAAUGUUCCACUGCCGGGAAGGAGAAAUCCACGUGGAGGUAACGAGCCAGCUGGGUCAGAGGAAGGGAUCCCUAAAAAGAUCCUUCAGGUGUUUUCAUGCUACACCUGAGGGAUCACAAGGAAGUAGCUGAGCUAGGGGUCAGCAAAUGGGAGCAUCAGACAGUAGGCAGAGCUCAUGGGAAGGUCUUGAGGUGGAAGGGGCUUGGUUGGUUUAAGAAAAUAAAAGCAAAAAAAAACAGACACUGAAAUAGAGAACAAGGGGACAGUGACCAGA